GGCUUCGCUAAGCCUUCACUGAAAUAGUAACGCCAUCGGGCUGUGCUGACAGCUCAACACGAAGGGGCGUCGAGUCAGGGAAAAAAGCAUGAAGAUGCGUCGAAAGACACGUUUUGUCUGUGUCUCUGAUACGCACGCCUACACGCCGUCAGAGGCCGGUUUCAAGCUUCCCGCUGGAGAUGUCUUAAUCCAUGCUGGUGACCUCACCAACCAUGGGAGCGCUGCUGAACUGCGUAAGACAAUGAGCUGGAUUGCUACAGCUGACUUCGAAGUCAAAAUCAUCAUUUGCGGAAACCAUGAUAUCACACUAGACCCGGGUUUCUACGCUGAACACGGGUCUAGCUUUCACGGCCAACAUCUAGAAGAUACCCAGAAGUGUCUGGAAAUAAUAACCCAAGCAUCACCGUCGAUAGUCUAUCUCAGGCACCAGUCAGCACUAAUCCGGUUGACCCGGCCUAACGGCCCAAAUACCAUCUUCAAGGUCUUUGGCUCCCCAUACUCCCAGUCACCUGGAAUCUGGGCGUAUGGAUACGAGUCUUCAGAUGCUAGUGCGCUUUGGAACAGCAUUCCAUUGGACACGGAUAUCACCGUGACCCAUACGCCGCCUUAUUCGCACUGCGAUAGCCGAGUUGAAGGCAUUUCAGUCGGAUGCACAGCCCUGCGGGGUGCAUUAAGCAAAGUUCGGCCAUCACUAGCAGUAUGUGGCCAUGUACACGAGUCGCGAGGCUCGGAGAGGGUGCGAUGGUAUUCUUCGCAGGCAUCGUCAUCACCAACGGUAGAUGUCCAAGAGCAUAAGGAUCCAGUUAUGCUGCCUGCCCCGGGCAGUAAGAAGCAGAGCCUAGUCGAUCUCACGGGCAAGAAGGCACCCAAAAUCAAUAACAAUUACUUUGCCGGCAACAACCUUCGAGCGCCAGCCAGUCAACUGUUCCGAUCAUCACAAAAGGCCCUGCUGUUACCGUCUUUUGAGUGGCCAUCUGAAGGAUUCCAAGGCUCUGAAGCCGAUCAAUCAACGUCAUCCUUCCGGCCUUUGUGCUCAGAGGAAGGACACACUGAGAAUGAAGACGGGUCUAAUCCAAGGCGACGCGAAACAUGUAUUGUCAAUGCGGCCAUCGUGGCGACCAGUUGGCCGCAUCGGGGUGGGAAACGGUUCCAUGCCCCUAUUGUGGUCGAUCUAGAACUACCAGUCUGGAAAGAGGAGAAGGGAGGAAAUGAACCCCACGGCUAGAAUGUGUAGCUCAUAUCGU